GACGGAAUUAUUUAGGCGUUACACCCAAAGCUCUUGCGUUUCCGGCCAGCUCAGCGCAUCAGCCCUGUGGUGUUGUCAGUUCACAGCCUGUCAAACACUGGUCCUGUUCACCUGUAGUAUUCGCUGGGCAGCAGAGAAACACCCGGACACUUCGGAGAGAUGGUGCUGCUGACGAUGAUCGCCCGGCUGGCUGACGGCCUCCCGUUAGCCGCCUCAAUGCAGGAGGACGAGCAGUUGGGUCGGGAUCUUCAACAGUAUCAGAGUCAAGCAAAGCAGCUCUUCAGGAAGCUCAAUGAUCAGAGUCCAACACGCUGCACUUUAGAGGCUGGUUCAAUGUCAUUUCACUAUUUCAUAGAGAAAGGCGUGUGCUACCUUGUGCUGUGUGAAGCCAGCUUUCCAAAGAAGCUCGCCUUUGCUUACCUAGAGGACCUGCAGGCAGAGUUCCACGAGCAGCACGGAAAGAAGGUCCCCACAGUCUCCCGACCUUACUCCUUCAUUGAAUUUGACACCUACAUCCAAAAAACCAAGAAGUCAUACAUCGACAGCCGAGCUAGGAGGAAUCUGGGCAGCAUCAACACAGAGCUCCAGGAUGUACAGAGGAUCAUGGUGGCAAACAUAGAGGAGGUGCUGCAGAGAGGAGAGGCUCUCUCUGCGCUCGACUCCAAGGCCAGCAACUUGACCAGCCUGUCGAAGAAGUACCGGAGCGACGCCAAGUAUCUCAAUACCCGCUCCACCUAUGCCAAGCUUGCAGCUGGCGGUGUCUUUUUCAUCAUGCUCAUUGUCUACGUCCGCUUCUGGUGGCUCUGAGAGGGAAGAGAAAAGAGAAUGAAAAAAAGAAGGAGGAAGUGUUGAAGUGAAAAACGAGUCUGCAGACACUAAGAAAAGCUGCCACCUUUGACUAAAAACAGGAUCCCUGCUCCGAAUAAGACUUUGCAGACCGCCCAUUCUGUCCUUACCUGUCCAUGGAUGUGUGAUCUGAAUAUAAAUGAUGUCAUAAUG